GGAUCGGAGCGGGGCGGCCGCGCCGCCCGGGGCAGGAGGCGGCGGCGGGGGCCAUGGGGAACCUCUUCGGGCGAAAGCGGCGGAGCCGCGUUACCGAGCAGGACAAGGCGGUGCUGCAACUGAAGCAGCAGCGAGACAAGCUGAAGCAGUAUCAGAAGCGGAUAAGUCUGAACCUGGAGAGAGAGCGAGCCCUGGCCAGGCAACUGCUGAAAGAAGGCAAAAAAGAAAAAGCCAUGCUCUUGCUAAAGAAGAAGCGUUACCAAGAGCAACUUCUAGAUAAAACGGAAAACCAAAUCAGCAACUUGGAGCGGAUGGUCCAGGAUAUUGAAUUCACCCAGAUCGAAAUGAAGGUCAUCGAGGGUCUGAAAAUAGGCAAUGAAUGUCUGAACAAAAUGCACCAGGUUAUGUCAAUAGAAGAAGUAGAAAGAAUAAUAGGCGAAACCCAAGAUGCUGUGGAGUACCAGAGGCAAAUAGAUGAGAUACUGGCUGGCAGCCUGACUGAGGAAGAUGAAGAUGCCAUUCUAGAAGAAUUAAACGCUAUUACUCAGGAACAGAUGGAGCUUCCAGAAGUUCCUUCUGAGCCACUCCCAGAGAAGAUCCCAGAAGCGUCACCCGUCAAGAACAGGCCAAAACCAGAACUGGUGGCAGCAUCUUAACUCCCACGUCUGGGGAUUCCCCCACAUAACUUUCAUCCAGGACAGUUUGCCAUCCCAGCGUGUGCUGGGAACAAGCAAUGCCUUGGCAGCAUCCCAGCUGUGCUGGGCGGAUUGUGGAGCAGGAUUCCCCAUGCAGGGUGGGGAACCUCAGCUGAUUAUUGCUCUUGUAUCAAGAUUAUUUUCUAGUGCUUUCUUUUUUUGUAACUUAAAUUCUAAACUCACUCAGCUGCGCUGUCUCGGGAUUAAACAACAACUCUCAAACUUCCAAAGCCAAAUGCUUUCUUUAGGUUUGAUUUCAGUGGUAAAUCUGCCGUUGCUCUGACUGAGUCCCCUGGAAGUCCCACCCUCGGAGCGAUCGCGUGUUUGAAAUGACUGUUCCUGAGCAUCGGGCUGCGCGACAACGAGCCACUGCCCUCGGGAGCCCUCCAGACCGCACUGGUGUCUUCACUCCUCUCGGUCCCUUUGCUUUGCUUCUUCUGAUUCUCUUUGUGGAAGGGCUGCCAGUGUCUCUUGUCCUCGUGUAAAUCACACUGGCUGCCUCUAUGGGCCCUGAAGGGGCACGGGCAGAGUGCAGGCAGCUUAGAAGGCGGCAGCAACCCUGAGCUUCUGCAGGCAGUGACGCUUUGUGCUACAGGGUUGAAAACGGUUCCAUCAGCCUUGUGUGAAACCAGCUUACGCGUGAGGGUGUUCCGUUGGAGCAAAGUUCAGAGUGAUUGCUUGGCUUUGCAUUUGGCAGCAGCGGUGCUGAUUUGCUGGGGGAAAAGCCUGAUCUCUGUGCGAGGUGAAGAGCUGGCCUCUGGCUGGGCGUGAGUCGGAGGCAGUCUGUAACGAUUCCCGUUCAGAUCCCGCUCUGUCUGCCUGCCUCUGGUAACCUGUGGUGCUGAGUGAGACCUGGGGUGACAGAAAUCUGAUGAGCCUUUUAAAAUUACAUCAAGGAGUCUUCUGCCUACAUUAUGAGCCAGGAGUCGUCCCUUGUUGGCUCUGCACCAUCAUCAGAGUUCACCUUUGCAACGUUCAGAUGGGCUGAGAUCGAUUCUGCUUCCAGUUGUCAGUUUGUGUUUGGUAUUUCCUUGUAGGGUUAGAGACAGGAAAGGUCAGGCUGGGGAAAACAUGAGGCUCAAUCUGCACCAGACAUGAGGCAUGAAGCUUCUUAAAUCGACACUCCAAAGACUGCUCAAUAAGUAGUUAGAGGGGAGACCAGUUCCUUCUGAGCCCGCACUGUGGAGGAUGGUCUGGUGCUUAGUGUGGUGUAGCGGGGCGCUCGGGUCGGCACGGAUGAUGAGGUGUUUGGAGAGCUGCCUGGCCAGCCAGGUGGCAGGCAGAUUUAGCUGUUCUUGGAAGCAAGCUUACUUGCCAGCUUGCAGAUGCUCUUCAGGACACUGCAGAUCUUUCUCUAUUACGUUCUUGAAGCCACAACCCUUAGUCCCUGUUUCUGUGACAGCAGGAGAAGGACCAGAGGGUCCUUGGAGACUUCUAGUGACUGCCUUAGGGGUUAUGUGAUCUGGUGCUAGACAAUAAUAAGUAAUCCCAGAGACUGUGCUGCUCUCCAUGGGGUGGCGGGCCAGCAGCAGCUCUGUUUCUGAGUCGUGCUUUCUGUGUCAUCUCUGUUUGUUACAUUCCAAAGACUGGCCGGGGCAUCCUCGUCCUCCCGCAUGCAUGUGCCUUCAAGGCAGCGUGCACCUUGGAAUUGCCCUGUUUUCAAUUCCACUGCGCUCUUUCUCUUAACUAAUGUUUCAUAACAAAGCUGGGGUCCCACAAGCCUUGGACCCGUGUUUACUAAGCAGUGCAACUUUAGCAAACAAAUAACUUUCUCUGAAGUCGGCAGAGUGGGUUUAAACUGCUCCUUGUGCCUAUGCCGAAUGCACCGGUUACCCCAGCCAGUGUUUGGAACAGCCAAACCCGUCACCCAGCUUUCAGAGCCGGAGCUAAAAUGGGACAGGGCUGUAUCCUGUUCUAUGCUCCUGUGAUUUUUUUUCUCUAGGCAAGGCUGUUGCUCUGCUCUGAGUGACCAUCCUGGCUGUCUUGUAAUGCAUACUUUUUCCACCAGAGAGAGCCUUGUCUUCAUCAGCACGGUGGUGUCUGUAGCAUUUUUGUGCAACGUUUUUCCUUCAAGGCUCCUUCAGUCCGUUGCUAGCCUGGUGUCGACUUGUUUAAUUUUACCCUAUUUAAUUUGUAAUUCAUAGGAGUGAAUGCUGGACUCUCCCAAGAAGGUCUUGAGGGGACCUUUCCUGGGAGCACAGCUUUUGCUGCUAGCACUUUGUGUAAACCCUGUUAAAUAGGGUUGGCACGCAUCACCACGCACGAGGAGGGAGAGAGCACCGCAGGCCGUAUGCUCCAGUUUUCUUUCUUGUGAACGUCCUGGCAGCGAGAGCGACACGAGCCAACCGUCCCCAGGGGAAGCUGCGGCGAGGCUGUGCCAGGUCCCGGGGACUGCCGGCCGGGGAGCUGAACGCCCGGUGCUGUCUGCGUUCUCGGGUGGAAGCUGGUCCAGAGAGCGAGUGAGGUUAGUGCUGAAAGGGUUAAUGUAGCUCCUUGCAUUUGUUAAUACAUUAAAGAGGCCAUUUACUGAACUAACAGGAAAGUUUGGAGCAGCUUGCCAACAGCUUCCUCUUCUAAUCCCUGCACCAAACAGAUUGUACUGUGUCUCCUUGAGAGGAAGAGCCAGGAGUGGUGUGUGACCUCUGUGGUGUGCUGUAACAAUAAACUAUUUCUAAUGGUUUCACCGA